GUUAUGUGUUUUCGUUGCGUCUGCGUGUGUGGUGAGUGUUAUUGGUCGCUCGUUUGCAUUAGAGCGAAUUCGACGCUUCAGGCAGCUGUAGUAGUCGUGUUUACAACGUCAGCACAUCCUGAAAACCUCCCAGCGCCGUAGGAUGCCGCGAACUCUUCGGUACAUGUGAAACUCUUCACAGUAAGCUCGCGUUUCACGUGCGCUGCGCAGAAGAGGUUAUUCUGUGGUUUACAGUGUGGGAUAUAUGCGCGCCAGUUCACUGUGAUCGGUAAACUCCUCGUCGAACCUGCUGCUACCGAACGCCCUGUGCGAACGUUCAUACUGUUGCCAGUGGUGUUGACCUUUUAAGUUAUGUGUUGAAGAAGUAGUUGUGCAGUCUCGAAGCCCUUCAAGAUGAUAUCGAUUUUACCCUUCACACCCCCGGUUGUUAAGCGCUUGUUGGGUUGGAAGAAAGGCGAAGGAGAAGACAAAUGGAGCGAGAAAGCCGUCAAAAGUUUGGUGAAGAAGCUGAAGAAAUCUGGAGGAAUGGAUGAACUCGAGAAGGCGAUUUCUACUCAAGACGCUCACACUGCGUGCAUCACUAUUCCCAGUGGGGGGGUGGCCGUGGGCAGGUCGCUGGACGGCCGGCUGCAGGUGUCGCACCGCAAGGGGCUGCCACACGUCAUCUACUGCCGCCUGUGGCGCUGGCCCGACCUGCAGAGCCACCACGAGUUGCGCGCCACCGACCACUGCCAGUAUGCCUUCCAUCUCAAGAAGGACGAGGUGUGCGUCAACCCCUACCACUACCAGCGAGUAGAGACACCCGCAUUGCCGCCAAUUCUUGUGCCGAGGCAGACUGGCGACCUACCCACAGAGCUGCCCAGCUUGGAUGAUUAUGCCAACUCGGUGCCUGACAACACAGACUUUCCGUCGAGCCUAGACGUGCAGGCUUUUCCUCUCACAGAGACACCUCCGCCGGGUUACAUGAGCGAAGACGGAGAAACCACUGAUCAAAAUGGCGCUGACAGCAUGGAUACGGUACUCCUCUCUUCACCCAGCCCUUCACCAGAAGUGCAGCCGGUGACGUACACGGAGCCGGCUUUCUGGUGCUCCAUCUCGUACUACGAGCUCAACACACGGGUUGGGGAGACGUUCCACGCUUCACAGCCCUCCCUCACUGUGGACGGCUUCACGGACCCCUCGAGCUCAGAGCGGUUCUGCCUUGGCCUCCUGUCCAACGUCAACCGCAACUCAGUCGUUGAGCAGACCCGGAAGCAUAUUGGGCGUGGUGUACGCUUGUACUACAUAGGCGGUGAGGUGUUUGCGGAGUGCCUGAGCGAUAGCAGCAUCUUUGUGCAAAGCCCCAACUGCAACCAGCGGUACGGAUGGCACCCUGCUACGGUGUGCAAGAUACCUCCAGGCUGCAACCUGAAGAUCUUCAACAACCAGGAGUUUGCGGCCCUGCUGACGACGUCGGUGUCCCGGGGCUUCGAGGCUGUGUAUCAGCUGACGCGCAUGUGCACCAUUCGCAUGAGCUUUGUGAAGGGCUGGGGUGCAGAGUACCGGCGCCAGACAGUCACCUCCACCCCAUGCUGGGUCGAGCUGCACCUCAACGGUCCCCUGCAGUGGCUCGAUCGCGUGCUCACCCAGAUGGGUUCGCCCCGCGUGCCCUGCAGCUCCAUGUCGUGAACUCCUCCUGUCACCUCCUCCCAACGUAGCGGUGGUUAGCUGGUGCGUCUCUCUCGUGUGCCUGUGUGCGUGGUUGUGCAGUUUUUUUUUCUACACUGUCUCGCAGGUGCUUGGGUGUGUUAGAGGGGUCGAGAGACGGCCUUUUUUUGUAAUCGCAGCACCCGCCCGUCGAGGGGCGCUUUGUCAUUUUUUGCCGGCUACCGAGGGGCCGUGUAAGUGGGCAAAAUUGGCUUGCAUAGCAGUCAGUCACCACUCAUUGGGCAACCUGCUACUAUAUCGUCUUAGCUGUCCCGAAAUUACUAGACAUCGGAAACUACUUGAUUCGUUUUUCACCCGCACACCUUUCUUCCGAGACGGGGAGCGGGGGUGACGCUUGUGAGCACUUCAUUCCCACCGGUAUUUGCUGUGCUGCUCCUCAAGGGAGCGCCAUUGUAUCGCUGGUUAGCAAGAAAGGGGCACCUAUUAGGUGACUAGAUUUGUGUGGAGAUGUCAUUUUGAGUUUUUUUUAUGCCCUUUCAUUUCUUGUUGUCCAAUCAGCUGUGCCCCCUGUUUUAGAUUGCUUGCCGAACAGGAUUGGAAACUGCAAAAGCAAAAUGAAAUGAUUUUCUUGUUUGUGUUUUAUUUUAUAUUUUUAAAAUUUUAGGCCUCUACUGGAGGCUUUUCUGUCAUUUGUAGAGUGUGCAAUGCUUCUCGAAAUGUUUGGAAGUACAUUAACGCUUUCAGUGAGGACCCUGCAGCUUACUCAUUGCUUGCCCUGUCAAGAAACGGAAGCUGGAGAAAGAGCACAACAAACGGAUGUGGUGAAAACGACAAGACACGGCGCUUCACUAUGUCCCAUUGUUGCGCUGUUCGUUCCACUUCGUUUCGCACCAAUUAGCCCAGUUCAGUGCUGUCCUCCCACUGUGGUUUACACAAAUAUGUAAAAUGAUUUGCUGGCAAGUAGAGGUUUUAUUGUGUGAAUGCUUGCAGACGUGUCGUUUAGUCAUCACAUCGUGCUCGUUUGCACAC